CACCAAUGUAAACAAACUACCAAGAAAGUUAUGUGGACGUUUUUCGACUUUUAAAACAUCAAAAUGCUGCUUUACGUGGAAAGUAAAGCGUUUCCCUACAAGACCUUUGUAGUGCUGGUGAAGGUCGAGGAUACGAUUGCCAAGAUCCGCGCCCACUUGCUACACAUCUUGUACCAGUUUGGACGCGCUGACCACCAGUUUCGGUUGCGAUUCAAGGGACAGUAUCUCCGUGAUGGCUACACAAUUGAAGACUACAGUAUCCCUGAUGAUGCCAUCAUAAAGAUGGUACCAAUGUCCAGGAGGUCCGACUCGCACAUCGACUUGAGAUCUCUCAGCAGCAGGAGUAGCCUUGAUCUUGGUGAGGGUCAGAGUCCAGAGGUCAAGGCCGCAUUGGACAAGGAAAUCAAUAUAUUCACCGUCAGAGAACACCUGGUUCAGAACUUCCAUACAAUGAGUUUCCUGCACUUGACAAUGGCGUUCCUCUCUGUCUUCUCGACUUUCUUCUACGCCAUUAUCUGGCUUCUUGUCAUCUGGUUCGCAGGACUCUUCUGUCCACAGUACACCAGGAUCAGUGGGUUCACUGGCACCAAAUCUCUGUAUAAGUUCUGGUUUUGCCCAAUCUAUGGUAUCUUGUCCCUUGGUGCAGCUGGAGUGUCCAUCUGGUUAGCAGUCAUUGAUUGGUCAAAUGUAGCGGCUGGCUGUCCAACUUCCUAUUCCGGCUGCAGCGUCACGACCUACUAUUCCGGCAUCUUCUUCAUCAUCGAUGCACUCAUUCUGCUCACCUCGAGCAGCCUAUCCUGGGGCAUGCUGAUCAACUUCCAGACAGACGUCGGCGAUAUUGUGGAGAAGUUCCUCGUACAGUCGCGCGAUAUCGAGAAAGUUUUGCAGGCAGCCAGACAUGGAAAGCUGAAGGAGAAGAGAGUUGCAGCGAUUGAGCUUGCUACACUUGCCGCAUCGGGAGAUGACAACAAGUUCCGGAUUGUGGCUGAGGGAGGCCUUGAGGUUCUGAUCAAUAUGGCCUUGUGCCAGGAUGAGGCCACACAGGAGAAUGCUGUGGAGACCAUUGCAGAGCUGCUUACAGUUCCUGCCAUUCAGGAUCGAUUCGUGGAAAUAGGAGGUAUGAAGACCUUGAGUGCCGUCCUGAACUCACCCAUCGAGCGCCUUGUCUAUGAAGCUGCAUCUGCUAUCUCCUACGUGGUGUCAGAAUCUGACGAAAACAAACAAGUUGUCGUUCAAGGUCAUGGUCUUGAGGACAUUUGUCGUGCCGUGAAAACGAGCAAUCUCGCCACCCAGCGAGUUCUUGCAAGUAUCCUGCUGGAGUUGGCCUUCAACGUGGAGAUUCGCUCCAUGAUGGCGUCCAUGAAUUCCCCGGCCCAAGCCCUGAUCCACCUAUGCCACGACAACGACCCAGAGACGCAACGUUACGCACUGCAGACGCUUGAACUACUGGCGAUUGAGAGUGCCGAUAUGAUCUGUGCACAGGAUGGCUUGAUGGAGGAGAUGCUGGCUCUGCCCCAGACCUGUAUGGAUGAGAAACUGUACCUGCUGGCAGGCAAGGUUCUACUCUACUAUGCUGAAAACAAAGAGACGUGUGGUUCGUUGAUUACCCAAGACAACUUGCGUUCCACCCUGUGCCUGUUUGCCAAGACCAAGGAUCCGCUCCUACAGAAGGUUGUCAUCAAGAUCAUCUUCUGUAUUGUCGAGUCCAAGACGUACAGGUAUAAGGCACAGGAGCUGAGUCUGGAUGAAGUGCUGGUCUACUGCAGGGAUCACUCUGCUGAUAGAGAAACGUGGGACAUGGCUGACCAAGCCUUGCAGCUGAUAUCAUCGGAUGAAGACAGUAUCGGCCCAGAUCUGGCAUUGACCAUCGACAAGCUGAACCAGUUCAACAAAAACAGUUCGGACGGAAGCGAUUCUGGAACGUCCAUGAGGAAACCGGUCCCGAGCACUUCCCAGGAGUCAGACGAGGCUAUUGGAAAAUAGUUAAGGGUGUUUGGUUUUGUCUUAGGCAUACCCCUGAUGGCUUGAGAUGACUGUUUAUGGUUUUUCCUAGACCUAGUUGUCGAGUGGUUUAGCUGAACUGUUGUCAGUGGUUUAGCUUGCAUGAGCUUUACAUGUACUUUUAGCUAACCUUAAGUCUAUUUAAUAACACAAUCACCCGGCCCCAUCUCAGUUUGAAGGGACAAUUCCUGAACAUGUAUGAAAUUUCUGGAGAAUGUUCUUGAUUUUCUUAUUUUCUAGGCUGAUAACGAAAAGUAUUACAUAUUAUAUAAAGUUUUGUAUCAUGACCAAAUGUAUAUUAUUAAAUAAAUAAAUUUAAAUCUGAAAGAAUUCCGUCCAUCACCAGUGUGUUUUUACUGUGACAAUCAAAUUCUACAAAACAAGAUAUGUUUUAUGUCCAAAAUCUAGUCGUUUUUCUGCUGAUAUAAAGUUUUGAUGAUGCUGGUACAAAACUAAAUAUGUUUUGUCUAAAUAAUCUAGUCUUAUUUCUGCUGAUGUAAAGUUUAAAUGAUGCUGGUUCGUCUAAUUUUGUUUGCUUCGCCCCGAAGAUGGUACAUAGGCCUACAUGUGGUAAUCAAUCGACUUCUAAAAGGUAGAGAACUAGGCCCUUAAAGUCAGUGAAGAUAUAGCUGUUGUUUAAUCAUUCCACAUACUUUUCAGAUUUGAAAUUUAUUCCUUUUUCUCGUAACUGUGCCGUGAGAAAGUCUAUUGUUUUCGUUAAUUAGUAACUGAGAUUUUGUCAAAUCGUGUAUUAUUCUUAGCUACCCUUUUCCUGACUGCGCUCAUGAACAUGUCUAUGGGUUCCUGAAACUGGCAGGACCAGUUUUGCUGUCUUAUUUCAUAAAGUUAAGACUAGAUUUGUAACUGCGACAGAUAAAUAUAUUUUAAUCCUAUUCUAACAA